CUCCUCACUCUCACUCAUAUUAAUCCAUCCUUCAAAAAUCAAAGGCUCUCUCUUUUCCCCUCUCUCUCUCUGAAUAGUGUUUUUAGCCAUUAGUUAGAAGAGUUUCAGUUCCUUGGUUCAGAGUUUUCACUUCAUUUGGUCUCAGUUGAAUCAGAAGCAAACGGCAAAAAAAGAUGGCGUUGGAAGCUCUCAAUUCUCCAAACACAGCCACCCCUUCGUUCCACUUCGAGGACGCCAAGCUCCAUAAUUUCCUUGAGCCAUGGACAAAGCGCAAGCGUUCGAGGCGUGGACGGUUUGAUAACCCACCCACAGAGGAAGAGUACCUCGCUCUUUGCCUUAUCAUGCUCGCUCGUGGGGGCGGCGGCGCAGCUACCACCACCUCGCAACAUUACCUAUCUCCUAGUCCUCCCGUGGCGCCCGAGGUGGCGACUACAUCUGCCCCGAAGCUUGUUUAUAAGUGCUCUGUUUGCAGCAAGGCAUUCUCCUCUUACCAGGCACUUGGUGGACACAAGGCCAGCCACCGGAAACUCGCCGCUGCCGGUGGAGGCGAAGACUCUUCCACCUCCUCUGCCACCGCCACCGCUGCCGGGGCCAGCACCGUCACAGCCUCCAACAACGUCAGUGGUAAGGCUCACGAGUGCUCCAUCUGCCACAAGUCCUUCCCCACGGGCCAGGCCUUGGGUGGACACAAGCGUUGUCACUACGAAGGAGGCAGCGGCGGCGUCGCAAGCAGUGUCGUAACCACUUCGGAAGGUGUGGGGUCCACUCACAGCCGCAGCCACAGCCACAGCCACGACAACCAACACCACCGCAACUUCGACCUCAACCUCCCCGCUUUACCGGAGUUCUCGCUUAAUUUCUUCAUCCCAGGGGAAGACGAGGUGGAAAGCCCUCUGCCAGCGAAGAAGCCGCGCGUGUUGAUGCCACCAAAACUCGAAGUUUCUCAUUAGUUAAAUUAUUACUUUACGUCCUGUAAAAGUAGGAUUUCAGGGAAUUUUGAAUCGGAUUUAUUAUUAGUUUUUUCGUUAUUUGUUUCUUAGUUUUGGGUGUAUAUAUCCCUCUCUCUGUACAUGGAACUUCAACUCUUUUCUUAUUUGCUCAUCUCAGUUUAUGAUAAGUGACAAUUCAAUUAAUUAAUAAAAUUCCGUUCAUAAUUUUUCCCAUA